AUGAGUGCUGCACAGGCUGCUUUGAUUCCCGAUGCAGGUGCAAAUUCGGUAGUUAAUUCGGCCGAAUGCUCUAGCUCUGGCAAUGGCCAUGUCAAUGGUUUAUCUAACGACUCUACGUCAGGUAAGUCCGCCAGCACGGAGCCAGUUGAUAUUUCGUCGUUGGAGCAACGUACUUUGAACCCAGACUGGUUUCUCUACACAGAACUAGCGAGAUCGAACUUGGGAGAGCGUGCGAGUGCGGUUCUGUCCGUUUUGAUCAACAAGGGCAGACUCUCUACGAGAGAAAUUCAGUCCUACGUACCUGAUCUCUCGCUUUCCAGCAUUAGAACCGUGCUUGUCAGUUUGAUCCAAUUGAGGUGCGUGCAAUAUUUGGAAGAAACGUCGUUGUCUGGACGCAAAACCAUAUACUAUUACUUCAACGAAGAUGGUCUCAUUCUCAUGCUAUAUUCUGGUGAUAUCAGCUACAGAGUCACCAAGUAUUUCAAUGAACACACAGAACAGCAUUUGAUUAGCAUUGCACAGGAGAUCAUCCACAACGUGCUUGCCCUGGGGUCUCUCCAGGUGAAGGACUACUUGCAAUCGCUUUCAUCAGGCGAAACCGCAGAAGAAGACCUAUUCAACGUGCACCAAACUUUUGUUAGGCUCGCUGAGUUGCAGUUCUUGAUCCCCUUGCAAGGUAUCCACUACACGCCGAUCGAAGACUUGUGGAACCUGCUUUACCUACGAGAAUACAAGAAAUUACCCAAGAAUACUACCCAGUCCGAUUUGAAAAAGAGAAACGAGGCCAAAGCUAAGGCCAAAGCUGAAUUCAAUAGAGUUAUCACAAUGCCAACGAAUGGCGAGUCCACUAAGAAUCUCUUCGUUACAGACUCCAAGACGGGUUUCAAAAAAAUCAACGAAUCGAUUUCAUUGACUUUUAACCUCGAUAGAUACAUGAAGGCAAGAAGAUCAACCCAGUUGAUCCAUUUCGCCAAAAACAGAAUCGGAACCACCACUUCAAAAAUUUAUGCCGCAGCCCUCUCACUAACAGAGCAACUCUCCAACGACUUGUCUCACCCAUUGGCCAAGACAGGACUUUUCCAAGACCUUGAUGAAAGAACUGCAUUGUACGAAGAUCUCAAAAUUGACGAGGAAAACGUUAAAGGUGUUACAUUCACCGCCACAGAUCUCUCCAGAAGAUUACCAAAAGACUUAGACUUAAGGGGCACGCUCACCUAUGCUAACCAAUCCACUAAACGUAAACAAAAUAGACACCAGUCUAACCAAAUGGAAAAGAGAAUUAAAACUGAAGACGGUUUUGUUGUUCCUCCUUUACCAACUGUUCCGGAAGAAAGUGAGGAGGAUGACCUCGAAGACGCAAAUCUUGAUAUGAACAGUGAAGAUAACGAUCCUCAUUCUGUAAACUUGAUCGAUGGCCAUCUGCGAUUACUUUUAAGCUCUGGUAUUCCAUUUAUAAAAGAAUCAAAACCAGGCCAGUUUUUCGUCCCUUAUUCGGAACUUAUCCCAACAUUAAAAAUGCAUGUGUACGAUUCAUUAAUCGCAUCAACUUUGGGUGCAUCUUCUCAUCGUGUAUUAAGAUGUAUCAGAGACAACGGUCUUUGUACCGAGAAAACUAUUACUACAACCUCUCUAAUGAGAGAAAAGGAUGUUAGAACAGUGAUCGGCACUCUUAUUAGAUAUAACGCUAUCGAAAUUCAAGAACUACCAAGAACAGCUGAUAGAGCAGCUUCUAGAGCAGUGUUUUUGUUUAGAAUCAAGGAAAGACAUGCUUUUAACACAAUGAAGCAGAAUCUCACCUGGAAUCUUGCAAGACUCAUAGCCAAACUUGAGGCACUAAAAGAGGAGAACGCCACUCUCUUAAAAAAGGCUAAUAGAGACGAUGUUAAGGGCAGAGAAUUAGAACUUCUUCUUGCGAGUGAAAUCAACCAACUUAAAUUAGUCAAUGAUAGAGAAAUGAAUGGUUUAGUCCGUAGACAUAGACUUCUUUCUCUAUGGGAGGUUUUUAAACUAUUCUGA